AUGGGCUACCGACCAACUUCGCUGAGUUCUUAUGGGCCUCCUCAUGACGCCCGUUACUCUGCAAUUUGGGUUCAUGAGCCACUUGGCCCAGAUUUGCAGAUGAUCCACGAUGUAACCAAGCCAGUCUUCGAUUCUUGGGUCGAAAAGCUACGAAAGAGAAACUAUGUUCUCACCCAUGUUACGGCCACUGGUGCUGAAGAGGAAGCUAUCUUUGCUGGGUUAAAAAUGAAAACACAAGGCUUCAGUUCGUACGGCACGCCUGACAACCGGAAGUAUUGUAUUCUGCGUCACGAGAAUCGUGGAAAUGAGAAUGUCGCUCUGUACGCCGACUCAAAAGAGGAGGACUUCCAACGGAUCUUCAGAGGGGAGAUUUCGAAGCCUUUCUGGCGUCCCAAGAAGCUCUUUAUGUCUAACGAUCUCAAGAUCGCUGGACUCUUCACCGACACGAGUGUUGGGGAUUGGUACAGCGACACACAUUUGAAUGAAACAGCCCUCGAGGCGACUAUCAAGGAACAGACAUCAAAGGGACUGAUCCUGACGGAUAUACAAGGCGGCGUACACGAGGGCGAGGAGUUUUACAACGUCAUCUUUCAAGAAAUUCUAGAACCAAAGACUCGCCACUGGCACGUCACAGGGAGGAAACCAAAGUAUCGUCACUGCGUGAGUAAGAUGUUCACUGCUGCUGCUGUUGACCACCUCAUAAACAGCGGCAAACUCUCCCCUGCGACAAAGGUUUAUAAGCGACUGGGUUACUUCGACGCAAAGGACGAGCGGGCCAAUGAUAUCACUGUCAAACAGCUUCUUGAACAUAAGGGAGGAUAUGAUCGACGUGAAGCCGGCGAGGAUAUCUCACUAGGCUUCAACAAGGUUACCAUGUCCCUCCCCACAAAGGGAAACAGAACAGCCACUACCCGCGAUGUCAUUGAGUAUAUGCUCGCUCAGCCUCUACAAUUUACCCCAGGCGAAAAGAAAGCAUAUUCAAACUAUGGAUUUAUGCUCCUUGGGUAUCUGGAAAGCAGUCUGACUGGAUUGGAUACGCUGCGCCCGAUGUCAAAUAGGUCAGUUGCAGCAGUCUACGGGGGAUACGGUGCUAUAAUGGAAGAGUGCACCGCUGCAUUUUCUCUCAAAGCAAGUGCCAGCACCAUUGCCAAGUUUGCUGGGUCCCAUGCUGUGAGCGGAACUGGGCGUCGAAAGAAUGGUUAUCGUCGAGGUAACUUCGAAGGUGCCCGCACCCAUGUCGAGAGCAAUGGGGAUUUUGACUUUGCUGUGGUACUCAACACCAGAGACUUUGCUUUCGACCAGGAAUUCGAGGACCUUACAGAGAAUCAAAUCCGUCCGCUCUUAGAUGACAUGGUGCCCCAAUAUCCUGGCACGAAGAAUAAGAAAUGGGAGUAUUGA